GAGGAGCUGUGGGCCCAGCCAGCCUUGGAGAUGCCGAAAAGACGGGACAUCCUUGCGAUCGUCCUCAUCGUACUGCCCUGGACGCUGCUAGUCACCGUGUGGCACCAGAGCACCGUUGCGCCUCUGCUCACCACGCACAAGGAUGACGGCAGCGACCCCCGGCGCGAUGCGCCCCCGGGCGCCGACCCCAGGGAGUACUGCAUGUCGGACCGCGACAUCGUGGAGGUGGUGCGCACGGAGUACGUGUACACGCGGCCCCCGCCGUGGUCGGACACGCUGCCCACCAUCCACGUGGUGACGCCCACCUACAGCCGCCCGGUGCAGAAGGCCGAGCUGACGCGCAUGGCCAACACGCUGCUGCACGUGCCCAACCUGCACUGGCUGGUGGUGGAGGACGCGCCGCGCCGGACGCUGCUCACCGCGCGCCUGCUGCGCGACACCGGCCUCAACUACACGCAUCUGCACGUGGAGACGCCCCGCAACUACAAGCUGCGCGGCGACGCCCGCGACCCGCGCAUCCCGCGGGGCACCAUGCAGCGCAACCUGGCCCUGCGCUGGCUGCGCGAGACUUUCCCGCGCAACUCCAGCCAACCCGGCGUGGUGUACUUCGCCGACGACGACAACACCUACAGUCUGGAGCUCUUUGAGGAGAUGCGCAGCACCAGGAGGGUGUCUGUGUGGCCCGUUGCCUUCGUUGGUGGCCUUCGGUACGAAGCCCCACGGGUCAACGGGGCAGGGAAGGUGGUCGGCUGGAAGACAGUGUUCGACCCACACCGACCAUUUGCAAUAGACAUGGCUGGAUUUGCCGUCAACCUGAGGCUCAUUCUACAGCGUAGCCAGGCCUACUUCAAGCUGCGUGGCGUGAAAGGAGGCUACCAGGAAAGCAGCCUCCUCCGAGAACUUGUUACCCUCAAUGACCUGGAGCCCAAGGCAGCGAACUGCACCAAGAUCCUGGUCUGGCACACCCGGACGGAGAAGCCGGUGCUGGUGAAUGAGGGGAAGAAAGGCUUCACUGACCCCACUGUGGAGAUCUGA